AUGGAAAGCGGAAACCAAACAGGUGUUGGAAACUUUCUCCUCCUGGGAUUCACGAGUGAAGACCCACCGCCUGUCCUCUUUGGGCUGUUCUUGUCCAUGUACGUGGUCACGGUCACCGGGAACCUGCUCAUCAUCCUGGCUGUCAGCUCAGACCCCCGCCUGCACACACCCAUGUACUUCUUCCUCUCCAGCCUGUCCUUUGCAGACAUCUGCUUCAGCUCCACCACCGUCCCCAAGGUGCUGCUGAACAUCCAGACCCAGAGCAAAAUCAUCACCUAUGCAGGAUGCAUCAGCCAUUUUUUUUUCAUUGUGUUUGGGUGCCUAGACAAUUUACUCCUGACCUUGAUGGCCUAUGACCGGUUUGUGGCCAUCUGUCACCCCCUGCACUACACAGUCAUCAUGAGCCCCUGACUCUGUGGACUGCUGGCUCUGGGGUCCUGGAUCAUCAGCAUCAUAGGCUCCCUGCUUGAGACGUUAGCGCUUUUGAGGCUGUCCUUCUGCACAAACAUGGAAAUCCCACACUUCUGUGAUCUUCCUGAAGUCCUGAAGUGCGCCUGUUCAGAUACCCUCGUCAAUAACGUAGUGGUGUACUUAGACAUUAUUGUUCUAGCUGUUUUUCCUCUCUCUGGGAUCAUCUUUUCUUAUUCUCAGAUUUUCUCCUCCAUCCUGAGAAUUUCAUCAGCUGGGGGCAAGUUCAAAGCCUUUUCUGCCUGUGGGUCUCACCUGUCCAUGCUCUCCGUGUUCUAUGGCGCAGGUCUUGGGGUCUACCUCAGUUCUGCAGCGGCUUCCUCCUCUAGGGCAAGGCUGGUGGCCUCAGUGAUGUACACUAUGGUCACCCCCAUGCUGAACCCCUUCCUCUACAGUCUGAGCAACAGGGAUGUGAAGGGGGCCCUGGGGAGACUCCUCAGCAGGGUAGCACCUCUCAGCAACGGGGGCUUCGCAGGACGCUCAUGAGUAGCUGUGUGCCCAAUGCUGAGGACCAGAAAUCCUGGCUUCCUUUGUCCAGUGUUUUUAUUUUUAUCUAAUUUUACACAUUUUAAAGUAAAGCUCUCCUUGGGUCCUCCCUGACUUGUUUUUCUUGAGGCUGUGUCUUGGA